AUGAGUUCCGGAGGUGAUGCGAAGCUGUUCGCUAGGGGCAAGGUCGCCGAGUUGCGACAAGAGCUUCAUAGCGGCGGCAAAAAAGAUAAGAACUAUUCCGCCAAAAAGAUCGCCUUGAAGAAGAUCGUCGCCAACAUGACCAUGAGCAAUAAUGAUAUGGUUGCGCUGUUUCCCGAUGUGAUCGAGUGCAUGAACCUACCGAGCUUGGAGAUCAAGAAGAUGUGCUUCUUGUUCUUGGUCAACUACUCAAGAAUGAAACCCGAAGUCGCGAUGAAGGCCUUGCCGAUUCUAGUCGAUGACAUGGAAGACACAAACCCUCUCGUGCGCGCACUCGCCCUAAGGACCAUCUCAUAUGUCCAUGUGCGCGAAUUCGUGGAAGCAACGUUCCAACCGCUUAAGCGCCUGAUGCAAGAUAACGAUCCGUAUGUUCGCAAAACGGCCGCUUUUUGCGUCGCAAAGCUGUAUGAGCAUGACAAGAAGACGGUCGAAAAUUCUGAUUUGAUCGACCGGCUCAAUCGGAUGUUGAAAGACGAGAACCCGACCGUUGUCUCCAGCGUUCUGGCCUCCUUGUGCGACAUCUGGGGUCGCAGUGAGUCGAUCUCUCUCACCAUUGACUACGUCAGUGCUUCCAAAUUGGUUUCGAUCCUGCCCGACUGUUCUGAAUGGGGUCAGACUUAUAUUCUUGAGGCCUUGAUGUCCUACGUCCCCCAGGAUACCGCCGAGGCGCUUUUGCUGGCAGAGCGAGUUGCCCCACGCCUUUCUCACCAAAAUUCUGCUGUCGUUCUUACUUCCUGCCGAGUCAUUCUCUAUCUUAUGAACUAUAUCGCCGACGAAAAGCAUAUCACCUCGUUAUGCCGCAAACUGUCACCGCCUCUCGUUACACUGCUCUCCAAACCGCCAGAGGUACAAUAUUUGGCACUGCGAAAUGCCAUCCUUAUUCUGCAGAAAAGACCGGAAGUUUUGCGCAAUGAUAUUCGGGUGUUCUUCUGCAAUUACAACGAUCCAAUCUAUGUCAAAGUGACGAAGCUGGAGUUGAUGUUCAUGUUGACGACGAAGGAGAAUAUUUCCAUUGUCCUGGCAGAGCUUCGAGAGUAUGCCACGGAGAUCGAUGUGCAUUUUGUUCGCAAGGCAGUGCGCGCCAUUGGCAAGCUGGCCAUCAAGAUCGAGUCCGCAGCAAAGCAGUGCAUUGAUACACUGUUGGAGCUAGUGGGUGCCAAGAUUCCAUACAUCGUCCAAGAGGCGACGGUUGUGAUCCGCAACAUCUUCCGCAAGUAUCCCAACCAAUACGAGAGCAUCAUCAGCCACGUUAUUCGCAACAUCGACGACCUCGACGAGCCCGAGGCAAAGGCGGCUGUCAUCUGGAUUAUCGGUCAGUAUGCAGAUCGUAUUGAGAACUCGGAUGGUCUUUUGCAGGACUACUUGGCCACAUUCCACGACGAAACGAUCGAAGUGCAGCUGGCCCUGCUUACGGCUACCGUGAAGUUGUUCAUCCAACGGCCUACCAAGGGUCAACAGCUCGUUCCGCAAGUACUUAAGUGGUGCACGGAAGAGACUGACGAUCCGGAUCUCCGCGAUCGAGGGUACAUGUACUGGCGUCUGUUGUCCACGGACCCGGCUACUGCGAAGCAGGUCGUUAUGGGUCAAAAACCUCCCAUCACAGCCGAAAGCGAGAAACUCGAUCCGCGCACUUUGGAAGAACUCUGUCUCAAUGUCGGUACCCUCGCUACUGUCUACCUCAAACCCAUUCACCAGGUCUUCCGCGCCGCACGGCCUCGCAGACUCCAACCCAGUCCAGCCUUGCAACGGCCACGAUUUGAAGACGGCACCGCUAGCAUGCUAGAAUACAACCCGCCCACCGCCAACAUGGCCUCCGCAUCAACCAGCAACAGCGGUCUUGCCACAAUCACCACAACGGGUAACCCUAUCAGCCCCGUCAACGUUGCUCCUCCCCCAACAUUCCCGGUCAACCCUAAUGCGACUGGAGGUGGGGCCGGUGCAGAUGCCAUCAAUGCGGCUGAUAACUACUUCAAUGGUAUCGGCUCGCAGCAAAUGGCCGCGAUGGACCUGGGAGGACGCGGAGACGGUGGAGCAGGCGGUGGCGGCGCGCCUCAGACGCAGUUCGUGGUCACGCAGAACCAGCAGCAGGGGUACCAGCCGCAGUAUGCGGGUGGUGCCGCCACGGGCGAGUUGUUGCUGCUGUAG